CAUCUCUAAUCUGGCGCCAGCUUGGUUUAAUUGUCAUGGAAACGAAAGUACUAUUUUUUACAUUGAUUUGAUAAUCACAGCCUAAAAACUAAAUUAGUUGUGUUUCACCUGAGUUUUAGGGGUUUAUUGUGAGCCUAUUUUUUAAUUUUCGACGCUAAACUAUGGAGGAAUCAGAGGAAACUCCAACUUCACGCACCGCCUACGAAGUCCAGAGGGAUUUUGGUUUCAGUAGCGGGCUGCGUUCUGAAAUCAUUUGGGAUUCUUUAGCACCAGAUCAGGGCGAUGUGCUCAAACAGAAGAUAGAGAACCUUAUUCGCGAGGAAGAUUCCCGAAACAUAAAAGCGGUGCAACGAAAGCGGGACGUACUUUUCCGGAACAUUUGGCAGCAGCGGCGCUUUACAAAUGGCACGCUGCUAUCCGCCAUCGUCUACGUGCUGGUCACGCCGGACGCGGAUCCGGAAACGGCGCUGCAUUCAACCAACUACAGCUGUCAUCCGGUUUUUCGCACUCGUCGUUGCAUGAAAGGCGAGAACAGCGCCUCUUGCUGCAUGAUCUUUGUCGACGAAAACGCCCGGGUGUACUCCAACUGGGAACAGUAUGUCUUCCGGAACACCCUGCCCAAGGGCCUAAUGAUUGCCCCGAGCCAAGGAGUGUACACCUUCACCGAUGGUGAGGAGCCGGGCGUUCAGUUGAUGGUUCAUCCUACGCCCGCUUCUCGAGGCCGAUACAGGCUUCUUAAUGCUGGAGAUAAGGUGGCCACUGUGGGUGGCCUGGUAGCCACUGUGCCGGCUGCAGCUGCUCUGGCGGUGCCACUGGGCGCUCCCCUGGUGAUUGCCGCUACCGCAGUGGGGGUGGCCACAGGCGUUUACAGCACCCUGCGCUCCGCCUCCCGUCUCAUCGAUCGUCGACGGCACGGACAAUCCACCUGCAUCACGGACGGUGAAGCACGCAGCUCCUGGUUGGGAGUGGCUGGCGGAGUAGUCGGCUUGGGCGCCACUGGAGCCACAAAAGCUCUUGCUACGGCAGCAGGGGCGGGCUACAAAGUGACUCCCGCCGCUCAGCUGGCCGUGAAGGGAAUAAAUGGCGCCUCGGUGGUUAUUGCCGGAACAGGAGUGGCCAAUGGCGUCUACGAUUUGUAUUUGAAAAUUGGCGAUGAUCAGGCCAUAAACAGCUUGGACAUGCUUCAAAUAGCUUCGCACCUGGUGAUCUUCACGCAUGCGAUUAACAAUAUGCGCUUAGUUUCUAAGGUGACCAAUGGAUCUUCCUUAAGGCGAGCGCUGCGUAAACAAUCCAGAAAAGUCUUCGAUCGCAUAUCCCAGGAGUCCGUUAAGCUCCACCGUGAAUCUGGGCAAUUUGAUAUUGUGCGCACCUUGAACGAAAUUCCUUUUAAGGAGGCUCUCCUAAGUCUUCACAACAUCAACUCCCAUCUGCAGCAGGGAGUUGCAGCGGCUGUCACUUUGCUGCCCCAAAUAGUGAGUCUCGGCAGUGGUGGCCAGAUGCUCAUAAAUCUGGAGAUGCUCGCCCAGCAGUUCGGUGGCAAGUUCGUCCAGCAUAUCGGCAAUGUCUCCAGUUUCGCGGACGUUGUGGAGGCCAUGGCAAGAUAUUUCAGCGACCAGGCGGUUCAGCUGCUCAUGCAAAUGACCCGCACCUUUGUGGAGCAGAACGUGGACUCCAUUGAUCGCUCUCUAAAUACGUUCGUGUCUACGGAGACGGUUCUGUUUCGCAUGCUGAUGCACUGUGUCAACACUUUCGACAACUUUGGAGAGGACUUCCUGCUGAGCCGUCGUGAGGAUAUCUUAUCAGUGGUUUCGAAGUACUUUCGUUCACUGGAACCGAUCAGCGAGGAUAACUGCCGCAAGUACAAAUGUUCCGUUUGCAAAGGCGCUUACUACAUAAGUUCGAUAUAGGCUGAUUUCCUGAUUUGAGCUAACUUACUAAGCCUGAUUUACUUUAGCUUCCGAAUCCUCGAAAUUGUCUUUUUAGUUAGAAACAAUAUGUUGUAAACGAGUUUGGGAUUCCUGACUCGUCUUUAAGAGAAGCUUCGUCAUCCAGAUUGUAACUCUUUGUUUUAUAUGUGAAAGUUUUCUUCAAGAGAUUUUUACAUUUCAAAGACUCCAAAGAAUAUGUCAUCUUAGUUGAAUGUGCUGUGAACUAUGAAUCGUUUUUAUAACAACAAUAUUUAUGUAAACAACUUUACCUUUAUAAAAAAUGUUUAAAUUUCA